AUGGUGACGACGAGCGCGAAGGCGCCAAGCAUGCGAACGGAAGUGUCCUACAUCGGCCAGAUUGCUGUAUGCCGGAAAAGGAGCUCGAAGGAACGGUGCGUGGCGGAUGAGAGAGAGGAGGAAGCGACUACUUACCUUAGAAUGACUGCCGCUAAUGCAAGGAGCUUGGUCGAAAGAGAGUUGCAAGUCAAGGAAAAGGAUCGAGACGAGGGAACGGAUCGAUAG